UGUGUGCGGGACGGUGACGCGGCAGUGGGGUUGGCUCUCCUCCGCUCUGCCUGCUUCAUAAACGGAUAUGAGAGAGCAGCACCGGAGCGGCAGUCAACGCUGACCAUGGCGGAAGAGGACGACGCGACGGUUAGGAUUUUACAGAGCCUGCGGGGGAAAAUAUGUGAGGCUAAGAACCUGGGUCCACUCUCGGGUCCAAAUCGACAAAGAGAUCUCUGCACCUUCUGCACCAUAAGUCUGGAUCAGGAGGAGGUGUUUCGCACAAAGGUGUUCGACAAGAGCGGCAGCCCCUUCUAUGGAGAGGACUUCUACUUUGAGAUCCCUCGUCCAUUUCAGUGUUUAUCCUUCUACGUUUAUGCCAAGAGCGUUUUCCAAAGGGACCUACCUGUUGGCAAGGUGUCAAUCAGGAAGGAUGAGCUGGCCAAAUACAGUGGAAAAGAGCAUUGGUGCAGCCUUCAUCCAGUAGAUCCCAACUCAGAAGUCCAGGGAAAGGUUCACUUGGAGAUGCGGCUGAAUGAAGUGAUCACAGAGAACGGAUCAGUGGGUCAACACUUAGUGGUCCGGAUAAUCGAGUGCCAGGGUUUGCCUCUGAUCAGCGGGCAGAACUGUGACCCGUACGCCACCGUGUCACUCGUUGGACCUGCCAGAUCGGACCAAAAGAAAACCAAGGUAAAGAAGAAAACCAGCAACCCUCAUUUUGAAGAGACGUUUUUCUUUGAGGUCACACGGACCAGCAGCUACUCUAAAAAGUCUCAUUUCCAAGUGGAGGAGGAAGACAUAGAAAAACUGGAGAUCAAAGUGGAUUUGUGGAACAAUGAGAAUCUAGCUCAGGAUGUGUUUCUGGGGGAGACGCGGGUCCACGUGAAGAUCCUGAGAAGCGACCACAUCCACAAAGCCUGGUAUCUCCUCCAGCCCAAAGGGAACGGCAGCAAGUCAAAGUCCGAUGAUCUGGGAUCUUUGCGUCUGAAGCUGACCUACAUCGAAGACACGGUGCUGCCAUCUGCCUUCUACACACCGCUCUGCAACCUGCUGCUCAAAUCCCCCGACGUGAAGCCCAUCUCGGCGUCAGCAGCUCACAUCUUAGGGGACAUCUGCAGAGAGCGCCACGAGGCCGUCCUGCCCACGGUCCGGCUGCUGCUCCACCACAACCGCUUUGUGCCUUUCGUCUCUGCGGUGGCAGCGCUGGAGCUGGAAAACACUCAGGAGGCUAACACUAUAUUCCGUGGCAACUCACUGGCAACACGCUGCAUCGACGACAUGAUGAAGAUUGUGGGAAAGAAUUACCUGGCUGUUACCCUGAAGCCUGUAAUAGAUGAGAUCUGUGAAUCCAACAAAACAUGUGAGAUAGACCCGGUUAAACUAAAGGAAGGUGACAACGUGGUGGUGAACAAGGAGAACCUUCAGGGUUACGUGCAGAAGGUUUUCUCCUCCAUCACCCAGUCCAGCUCCAGCUGCCCCCCCCUGAUGUGUGACGUCUUCAGGUCCCUGAGGAACCUGGCCUGCAAACGCUUUUCAGCUGACCCACAUGUCCAGUACUCGGCCGUCAGCAGCUUUGUGUUCUUGCGGUUCUUCGCCGUCGCUGUUCUUUCUCCGCACUCCUUCCAGCUCCGCUCCCACCACCCUGACCCUGAGAUCUCCCGCACGCUCACCCUCAUCUCAAAAACAAUCCAGACGCUGGGCAGCUGGGGGAGUCUGUCGAAAAAAAUGUCUAGCUUCAAAGAAACCUACAUGUACGACUUCUUCAAAUCAUUCCAAGAAGACAAGUGUAUCGAAAAAGUAAAAAAGUUCCUUGAUGAGAUCUCCACUAACGUCAGCAAAGAGUCCAGUGUGCUGGAGGACGCUGUGGUGCUGAAGGAGGGGGAAGUACAGAAGCGAGCCCAGGGCAGGAAACGACUUGGAAAGAAAAACUUUAAGAAGCGAUGGCUCAGACUGACCAAUAGGGAGCUCUCCUACCACAAACAUAAAGGGAAAGAAGCCCUCUGCAUCAUCAAUGUGAAAAACAUCCAGGCUGUGGAGAAACUGGAUGAAAGUGCCUUUAACCGCAAAAAUAUGUUCCAGGUGGUGCACUGUGAGAAGCUGCUGUACGUGCAGGCGGGGAACUGCGUGGAGGCCGGCGAGUGGCUGGAGGUGCUCGGCCCGGUCAGUCGCUGCAACGAGGGCCGCUUCUCCUCCUUCCACCCCACAAACUACAGCGCGGGAUUGUGGCAGUGCUGCAGGAGCCCGAGCAGCAGCGCCCCCGGCUGCAAGCCCUGCACCACCACCGUGCUGGCCAACCUGCAGCUGGACAUCGACUGUGACCGUGAGACGGAGAGGAUCUUCUCCCUGCUCUCCGCAAACGAUGCCAAGCUGCAGAACAUGGAGGAUGCGUGUGCCAGCAUGGCGGUGUACCAGGGGCCUCAGAGGGAGCAGGAGGAUUACUCCAAGUUCACCAUUCAGGAACCCAAAGAGACCUUUCAGACCCUGAAGCAGCUCAGAAACAUCAUGGAGGAACUUCAGAGGCAGCACAACAUCCGCAGCGACACCGCGGCGCAGUACGGGAGCAUGGACAACCCCAUCAUAGGGAAAACCUCCUAACCCGAGCAGAUCUGAACCGGAACCAGCUUCUCUGAACCCUGUUGAGUUCGCUCUGUUCGACCCCCCCCCCCCCUCCUCUGGUCCCUUUUCCCUCAUCUUAAUUUAUGUCCUCUUUGAUAUCUACAGCUGUGUGAAAGAAGCAUCAUUACCUGGUGUGUGAAUAGGCUGCUAAUUUCUUUUAUUCACCCAUUUUUAUUUUUUAAUGAUGCUCUCCCAAAUCUCGUACGGUUUUGCUCUGACACCACGUCUUUUAAAGUUGAUUUCAUAAUCAUCUUUGUGGAUUAUGGUCCUCUAUUUGUGCCCCUUUUUAUCCUCUCUUAGUGUCCUUGCUCUGAACAAAAGUGUAUAAAUAUUUUCCGAGGACAGUUGAGUAGAGGAAACCGAUCUGCCUUACUUUGAUGGAUGUUUCUUUCACAUGAAAUGCUGAGGGAAUAAUGCAGAAGCACUUUAAAUAUUUGGAGCUCUCCAAAUGGAAACGAUUAGAUACUUGGUAUCAACUCUCCCCAAUUUGAUCAGUUUCAUGAUCCGUUUGUCUGUUUAAUCAUUCGUGUACAAUAACAUUUAAAGCCUGUAGAUUUUAAGAUAUUUUUCUUGACCAAAGACGAUUUCAUAGGUUUGACUUGAAGAAAAAAAAAAUGUAUUUUGAAUACAAAUGUUUUCAAAUGGAGAAAAUUAGAUAAACAUA